AUCUCAUUGCACACAUAGAGAAAAAUUUAAUAUACAGGAAUCCAAAUUAAGUCAAACUAUACCUUCUGCCUUUUAAAGCGUACCAAACAUUACAAACUAUGCAUUACUAAGCCAUAUUACACCAACUCGAACACAAGAGGAAGGCAGGAGGAGGAGACUGGCCCGAAGCAAGAAUAAAAUCACUAAAACAAGACAUUAAAGAGGAAAUACACCUGAGGCACAAGAGGAGGACUAAUAGCAGUACAGGACUCGUCAAGGGGCAGCCGUUCCAGGGGAGACUCCACCCCUGAGGCCCUUAAAGCUGGAGGCCGUGGCAGGAACAUACACCGGGGGAGGAGGCAGGAUGGGGGACUCUGCAGCAGCUUCCCUUCUGGCCGAGAGCAGCUCCUUGGCCCCCAGCACCCUGGAGCGCGCCACCCUCACCGGCCGCUCCACCACGCACACCACCAGUGUUGAGCGUGAGAGUCCACCCAAGAGAACUGCAACCCAGCAAGGGGAGAGCACCUUCUUCUGGGGCCUGGUAGUGGUGCUGCUGCUGCUGGCUUCCGGAAACCUCCUCCUCACCUUCUUUGCCAUGGGAGUGCUGCGUCUCGGCUAUGGCAUGGAGAGUAUUGAGCUCCUGCCCGGCACUCAAACAACCAAAUUCUAUGGAAAUGCCAACUUGGGAAACAUUAUCAAGAAAGACGGAAUCAUUUAUGGGUACUCGGACACUCCAUUUUCAAUCAGUGGAGAUAACAGCAAGGUUUCUCUUAGCCUGAGGACAUCAAACAAACCCCCAGUGCUGGAUGUUGGACCAGAGAAAAUAGAAAUUAAGAGUGUAGACAGUUUCCAGGUGGUCGACCCAGACACAGGUGGGACUGUUUUCUCCACUGACUACCCGAACUUUGGCUUGCCUCGAGGUGUGAAGAACCUCAAUGUGCGCCGAAGCAAAACCUCCAGAGUUACCAGCCCCACCUUCUCUGACCUCAAGAUACGCUCUGAUUCUACAAUUCGACUGAAAGGCAAUGAAGGAAUGUCACUUGAUGGUGGAAAGUUGACAUGGUCUGCUGAUCAGGACAUCUAUAUGAAGAGUAUCAACGGCUCCAUCCUGCUGGAUACUGGGGAGGGCAUCAUGGUGGACGUAAAUGCCCUGCCUCUCGCUGCGCCCCCAGACCCCAGCAAGGACCGUGGGCAGUACAAGCUGUGUGUGUGUCUGCCUCAAGGCCAGCUCUUCAGGGUCCCAGUGCCUGUAGACAACAACCGCCGCAGCCCCGCCACCCAAAUUAACUGUGCAAGCUUCAAUAACCCAUGUACUCGGAUGUAAAGGAUAUUAGUGCUAGUCUACGGCUAUUUCUAGCCAUUAAAUUGUUGAAGACUUGCAUGUUAGAAUCUAGUCAGUCUGGAAUUAGCAGUAUUAUAUUGUUAGUAUUCAAAGAUAUUAAAACUAGUCACCAGGUACUUUGUUUAUUUAUUAAAACAGAAUUUUUAUAUGUAAAUAGGUACUUUAGGAUACAAUUUAUGUACUUGUUCUUGAUGGUAGAAUUUAUAAUUAGUCUGAACUGCUUCCUCAGUAGAGAGUAUUGCACAAAGUACUAAGCAGAUUGAGGUUAAGACAGAUUAAGUUCACUACUACCUCUUGUACUACACACCUGGGUUAGUCAGGGAUUCCCAAAUUUUGGUUUGAUUCUUUAUAGCUAGUCAUGUAACACUAUUCUAGUCACAACUUUAGGGAAAUCCACAAAGUAAAGCACAGAGUUUCACAUACUUAAUACGUUUUUAAAAUAUUAAACUACGACACUAUUCUGUGAGUUUGGGUUGCCAUACAUGCUAUACUUUACCUAAAGCUAUAUAGUACACAUUAAUUAAAAUUUAAACCAAAAACAAUGUUAUGAUUAUCAAGUUCCAAUGGGUUAUAUAUUCAUGUUAAAAAUAGAUAAGUUAAUGUUGUAGGCACUUCUCUAAACACCCUUAGUUAACUUUUGUCUUCUUUUUUUGAUAAGGAGACUCAAGUUACCUUAAACUUUAAUGUGUAUGAUCAAGGAAUUUAAAGAAUAUAAUACAACAUCCUCAACCAACAACCUUACCCUAAUUUUAAAGCUUAAUGAAUUUUUCAUACAUUUCAUUGCAUAUCCAAAGUUUUGACUGAAUACAGUCAAGUCAGUUAUCUCCUUUACUGAUUAUUUUUUACAUCACUAACAAAAGGGAAUCUGAAACUAUGUUGGUCAUAAUAUUUCAAUUGUCAUCAAGCACCAGAGCAAUAUUUAUUGCUGUCAAGUUGUUUAGUGUUCUUACAGUUAAAACUACAGGUACACUAGCUGCGGGUAUUACCGGGCUGGAUCUACCUGUUAAGGGGCUAUUACACUGGGCAAAUUUUCCGCGGAUCUUCAGUUAUAAAUCAUGGAUUUUUGCCUACAUGGACAUACCACCGUCGUCUUCCUAUCACACUUGCCUCGCACUCUCCCAGUGUACCGUGGUCUUGACUGACACAUUUUCACAACAAAUAUGGCUGACAUCCCUGUUCGCACCCCAGUUUUCACUCAAAGUGCCGUUGCUUUGGCUCUAAUGACACUCAAUUUAAGCAAGCAACGGAAAAAGAAAAGAAUGUGGAGGCGGCAAUGGCUUACAAAAAGAGAGGAGCGCAGUGAAGUGAUGCAGCUUAGGAAACCAGUGUCUGCUCUUCCUUAUAUGCAGUUUUUUUGCAUACAAUUCAUGCCUGGGAUCCCACAAAGCUGGCAUGUCCCGUAAUUUCUCAAUUAAAGUGGCCUCGGAGGCCUUGGUCCAGGCAACAACACUCAUAGCUGUGCGAAUGUAGGGACAGUAGGGUGUAGCUUCUUCCUCUUCUUGUUUCUUGUUAUUGCUGCUGAUGAUGAUGGUGAGUAAUACCGUCGUCCUUCGGUGAAAUCUACCUUAGCUUUGGAAGAUCAUGGACAUGUCAGAAAACCACAGAAAUGAGAACCACGCCGGUGGAAAUUGUGGUUUGACUGAAAAGUCACGGUAAAUUUGCCCAGUGUAAUAGCCCCGUUACACUACCAACGGUCCACCUCUUGGUGAGGAGACACUAGAAGACCAAAUUUCUAUUGUUUGAGUUCCCUCACUCCUUAGAAUGUUUACACACUACAGUUACUGUUUACUGAGGGUUGUGGAUAUUUUAUGGGUAAGUGACUUGACUGUAUUGUGAUAUGAGAAAAAUAAAAUGAACAUGCUUUCCUGUGUCCA